UCGAUCCAACAAUCCAUUUGCAGGAGUGCAACGAACACUCUCUCGACCGCUGUCUCCCUCUGUCCCUGCAGCGUCUGGGAUCGAUCUCUGCUUCUGAAGAAGAUGGGGAAGCGUUUCCUGCACCAGCUGCUGCUCGCCGUCCUCGCGCUCUGCUUUGCACCGGUGAGACCUGACGGCUGGCUCCCGGCCACCGCCACGUUCUACGGCGGCGCCGAUGGCUCCGACACAAUGGGAGGCGCGUGCGGGUACGGGAACCUGUACGACCAGGGUUACGGCAUCAACAACGCGGCGCUGAGCACGGCGCUGUUCAACGACGGCGCGUCGUGCGGGCAGUGCUACGUGAUCAUCUGCGACACGAGCAAGUCCGGGUGGUGCCGCCCCGGCAAGUGGGUCGCCGUCUCCGCCACCAACUUCUGCCCGCCCAACUGGUCCCUCCCCGGCGGCGGCUGGUGCGGCCCGCCCCGCCCCCACUUCGACAUGUCCCAGCCCGCAUGGGAGAACAUCGGCAUCUACAGCGCCGGCAUCAUCCCCGUCCUCUACCAACGGAUCAAGUGCUGGAGGGACGGCGGCGUGCGGUUCACCAUCGCCGGCUUCAACUACUUCGAGCUGGUGCUGGUGACCAACGUGGCCGGGAGCGGGUCCAUCCAGAGCAUGGCGGUGAAGGGCACCAGCACGGAUUGGAUCCCCAUGUCCAGGAACUGGGGCGCCAACUGGCAGUGCCUCGCCGCGCUCGCCGGGCAGGGGCUCAGCUUCGCGCUCACCUCCACCGGCGGCCAGAGCAUCGUCUUCCAGGACGUCGUGCCGGCGUGGUGGCAGUUCGGCCAGACCUUCAAAACCUACCAGAAUUUCGACUACUGAUUUGCUCCCCCCAAGACGUAGGGUCCAUCCACAAGGCGUGUGGCUGCGUGUUCGCUAUCUGAUCAUUGUUUUUUCUUGCCUAUAAAAUCCGUUCUUUUCUAUUCUUUAUUAUUUGCACUGUUUCAUUUCCGUUC